CUUCACCAUCAACAACUUCACCAUCAACAUCCCAAUCAACGAAACGAAAAGCGAUUAUCGGAAAUCGAUCUGGUAUAAGAGCAUCUGAUUACUUCAUCCUGAUCGAGCAUGUCCGUCGAAGUAUCUCCCUCACAACUGGGGUUCCAACGCCCACUUACUCAACUCGUCAAACGGAUCCUUACCGUCACUAAUCCUAAUCCUCAACCGAUUGCUUUCAAGGUCAAGACUACCGCCCCUAAACAAUAUUGCGUACGACCCAACAGUGGUAGAAUUGAACCGGGUGAACGGGUUGAUGUAUCAGUCUUACUUCAACCCAUGAAAGAAGACCCUGAACCUGGUGCUAAAUGUCGGGACAAGUUCCUCGUUCAGAGUAUCAUCAUUACCCCCGAAAGAGAAUCAACAGCAUUCCCUGAGCUCUGGUCUUUGAUUGAAAAAGAGAGCAAGGGGUCCAUCGCUGAGCAUAAGAUUCGAUGCGUCUAUCUUUCCGCUAAUUCUGAGGACGGCCAACAAUCUCCUAACUCGGCCAGUCAUAAAUUCAACCCUAAUCACACCUCCCCUCCCGUCAACAAUCACACAAAUCGGGAUGAGGACGAUGAUCCUCGUUACAAUUCCGUUCGAAGUCAUCCUGCCUCCGGAUUCAUUAGACCUCAGGUCUCACCUCCGGACCAACCGACGAACGAUAAUCCGGAAAGCACGGUGUAUGAUAUCGCGAUGGAUGAAACGUUUGAUGGACGAGCGAAUAGACCGUCGACGACGGGCCCGUCCCUAGCAGCCCUCAAAGCGCGCAACUCGACCCACUCGCAAAUGUCCUCGAAUGCAGGUAAUGAGAUAGCCAACCACCGUCCAGCGUCUUCGAUUCUCUCUACCAGUGGGACCAAGGGACAGGCUAGCUCGGUCAAUAGCUCGUCUACCGAUGACAUCCACAAGUUGAAAUCCCAACUCGCUGCGGCUCUUGCUGAGGUCGAAAGACUGAAAGCUUCUGCUGCCUCCUCGCGCGACCAAGGCUUGAGAAAACGUACUCCUAAUUCAUCAGCUACUGAUUCUCAACGCGUCCAUAGCGCAGACAUGCUGGCCCUUAAUACUCAUGGCCUCAAAGGCCCUGAAGGUCUUGUCCCCGUUCAAACUGUUGUCAUGAUCUCCAUUGGGGUUUUUGCUUUUACAUGGCUCUUCUUCUGAAACUUUCUCAUAAAAACCAUCCUGGGUUUUCUGCUUUUUCACCUGACCUGGUUCAUCUAAUUGGCUAGAAGAGGUCUCUCAGAUUCUUGAUAUGAUAUGAUAUGAUAUGAUUUUGCUUUGAUUUUGAUUUGUGUGCUUUGUUUUAUUUAUUCUUCUUUCAAUCACCUUCUUUUUCUUCCUUUUUUUUGAACUGCGUUGAUGAUUAUGAACAACAAGAUUUUUUAUUUUUGUUUGGAUCUUGAGUUGAAGGGGAUGUCUGUUGUCUCUGGUGGUGUUGGUCAACAUAUUCAUUCCAUUUGCUCCUCUCUUCUUUUGUUUCCUUCUUCUUUGUGAUUUUAAUUUAUACUUUGCUUAUGGAUGUGUAGUAGUGUUACUCACUGCUUUCAUAUCUUGUGUGAUUUUUGUUUACUCACAUAUUGUUUUUGGCUGAAGAUGAGAUUGCCCUCCUGUUUCUUCUUUCUCACUUUAAUCCUCCACUUAAUUCUUAUUGAUAAUCCAUUUGAGAACUCCUCACUCUACCUUUCUUAUUACACUUACACCCUUUUCUCAUAAUAUUGAAUCUUUCAAUUUUUUCAAUAUCAUUUUACCUCAACUCUCCUCUUUGCUGGUUUCCCUUGUACAUGCUUAUGUUCUAUAAUUUGUUUGAUUCACAUUUACUUCCAAUUUUCACUUCUAGAGAAUAUACACACACUGAAUUCAAUCCCAUC